UCUGUGGACGUGGAUGUCGACGUUCUGAAGGAUGUCAUGAACAUUGGAGGUCUAAAAAACGUGUCCCCUGCAAAGUUUGUGGUAAGCCAACUUCUUCUGCACCUGGAACAUGUAAAAUUCAUGCUG